AUGGCUGAUGAAGGACUUGGUGGUUUUUACUAAGGUCUUGUACCACUUUGGCUUCGUCAAAUUCCAUAUACAAUGAUGAAGUUUGCAUGCUUCGAGCGUACCCUUGAACUUCUUUAUAAAUAUUUGUCUGGUUAUAUUGCUGGUGUAUUCUAUGCUGUUGUUUUACAUCCAGCUGAUUCUAUUGUCUCCAAGUUAAACCAAGAGAAAGGUGCAACUGCUGGUAAUGUUUUACGUAAACUUGGUUUUGCUGGUGUUUGGAAAGGUCAUGGACCUAGAAUUGUUAUGAUUGGUACAUUGACUGCUGCUCAAUGGUUUAUCUAUGAUGGUGUCAAAAUAUACCUCUGUAUGCCACGUCCACCACCAUCAGAGAUGCCAGAAUCACUCAAGAAAAAAACUUGGAAUUCAAUAAAUUUUAAAUGA